UACCCAGUGAGGCGAGAACACACAUAUCUCGCAUUCUGUUACACGUUUGUUAGCAUUACACCGCCACGGCUGUCUUAAUAGAGACGUGACAGAGAUGUUCAGCCUGGCGCCCGCAUGUUGAACAGCGGAAAACCUUUGUGACUGGAUCUCUUGCUAGCGCAUAAUGCGAGCACCCGUGAGUCGCUGUCUCUCCAGAGAGUGGAGGUAGGGCUCGUGGACACGGUUCCUUAGUAGCCUAGGACAUUAGCAUUAACUGCGUGCUGAGCGCGAGACGCGGGAUCUCGUGAAGAGCUCUGCUAAUCCAGCAAGUCACUCGCUGUCAGGGCGGUAUUGCACGCGCACACGGCACCAGAAAGACGGCGGAACACAAAUCACGGACAGACCUAUGGUUGGAAUUCGGUUAUUUUUUUCUUCGCCAAUGCAAAAGGAAAUAUGCAGCGAAGCUUCACCCUGCUCUGCACCAGCUUUUUGGGGGUGUGUUUAGGUUCAAGUUUUCCAAGUAAUAUAAAUAUUGGUGGACUGUUCCCUACCGGCUCUCACGAAUAUGAGGUUUUUCGGUUUGCACUCUCGCACCACCAGGACAUCCCCAAACUGGUACCCCAGGUGGAUAUGGUCAAUAUCACACAGAGCUUUGCAAUGACAUAUGCGUUUUGCUCCCAGUUCUCUAAGGGAGUGUACGCCAUCAUCGGGCUGUACGACAGGAAGACGGUCAACAUGCUGAUGUCGUUCUGCGGGGCGCUGCACGUGUGCUUCGUCACGCCCAGCUUCCCCAUCGAGACGUCCAAUCAGUUUGUCAUCCAGCUGCGCCCCGAGCUGCAGGACGCCCUGGUGGGCGUCAUCGAGUACUACAAGUGGACCAAGUUCGUCUACAUCUACAGCUCCGACUCAGGGCUGACGGUGAUGCAGAAGGUUCUGGACUCAGCGGCAGAGAAGAACUGGCUGGUGACCUCGGUGAACCUGGAGACCAUGACGGAGGCCGCCUUCAUGAAGGUCUUCCAGGACCUGGACAAGAAGAAGGAGGGCCAGAUCGUCAUCGACUGCGAGGUGGAGAAGCUGGCCUCCAUCCUCAGAACGAUCGUAUCCGAGGGAAAACAUCUGAAGAACUACCACUACAUCCUGGCCAACCUGGGCUUCCUGGACAUCGACCUGACAGAGUUUAAGAACGGCGGGGCGAACGUGACGGGCUUCCAGCUGGUGAACUACACGGACCAGAACGUGAGCCGCGUCCUGCAGCAGUGGCUCGACUUCGACAGCAAGGACGCCAAAGUGCCCAAACGGAGGCUGAAGUACACGGGCGCACUCACGUACGACGGCGUGAGCGUCAUGGCCACCGCCUUCCAGAACCUGCGGAAGCAGCGGAUCGACAUCUCCCGCCGCGGGAACGCCGGAGACUGCCUGGCCAAUCCGCCGGCGCCCUGGGGCCAGGGCAUCGACAUCCAGAGGGCCCUGCAGCAGGUUCGUAUCGACGGGCUGACCGGACACAUCCAGUUUAACGAGAAGGGCCGGCGGACCAACUACACGGUCAGCGUGAUGGAGCUGAGACCCAACGGCCCCAAGAAGAUUGGCUACUGGAAUGAAGAUGAGAAGUACGUGAGCACAGCAGGUUCCCACGGAAACGACACCUACGCCCUCCUGAACAGGACGUACAUCGUCACCACCAUCCUGGAGUCCCCGUACGUGAUGCUAAAGAAGAACCACGACCAGCUGGUGGGGAACGACAAGUACGAGGGCUACUGCGUGGAGCUGGCCGCGGAGAUCGCCAAGCACGUGGGGUACAGCUACAAGCUGGAGAUCGUGUCGGACGGGAAGUACGGAGCGCGGGACCCCGACUCCAAGAUGUGGAACGGCAUGGUGGGGGAGCUGGUCUACGGGAAAGCAGACGUAGCGGUGGCUCCUCUCACCAUCACCCUGGUGAGGGAGGAGGUGAUCGACUUCUCCAAGCCCUUCAUGAGCCUGGGCAUCUCCAUCAUGAUCAAGAAGCCCCAGAAGUCCAAGCCGGGCGUGUUCUCCUUCCUGGACCCGCUGGCCUACGAGAUCUGGAUGUGCAUCGUGUUCGCCUACAUCGGCGUGAGCGUGGUGCUGUUCCUGGUGAGCCGCUUCAGCCCGUACGAGUGGCACGCGGACGACCUGGAGGACUGCCAGGACCCCCAGCAGGGCCAGUCCUCCACCUCGGGCCAGCCGGGACAGGCCCAGCCCAGCCCGCCCCAGCAGAGCUCGGACCAGACCAACGAGUUCGGCAUCUUCAACAGCCUGUGGUUCUCCCUUGGGGCCUUCAUGCAGCAGGGCUGCGACAUCUCGCCCAGGUCUCUGUCCGGCCGCAUCGUCGGGGGGGUCUGGUGGUUCUUCACCCUCAUCAUCAUCUCCUCGUACACGGCCAACCUGGCGGCCUUCCUCACGGUGGAGAGGAUGGUGUCGCCCAUCGAGAGCGCCGAGGACCUGGCCAAGCAGACGGAGAUCGCCUACGGAACCCUGGAUGCCGGCUCCACCAAAGAGUUCUUCAGGAGGUCAAAGAUCGCGGUGUUUGAGAAGAUGUGGUCCUACAUGAAGUCGGCCGACCCGUCGGUGUUCGUGAAGACGACGGACGAGGGAGUGAUGAGGGUGAGGAAGUCGAAAGGGAAGUACGCCUACCUGCUGGAGUCCACCAUGAACGAGUACAUCGAGCAGAGGAAGCCCUGCGACACCAUGAAGGGGGCGAACCUGGACUCAGGCUACGGGAUCGCCACACCCAAAGGGUCACACUUAAGAAACCCAGUAAACCUGGCAGUGUUAAAACUGAACGAGCAGGGCCUGUUGGACAAAUUGAAAAACAAAUGGUGGUACGACAAGGGAGAGUGCGGCAGCGGGGGAGGGGACUCCAAGGACAAGACCAGCGCCCUGAGCCUCAGUAAUGUGGCCGGGGUGUUCUACAUCCUGAUUGGAGGGCUGGGCCUGGCGAUGCUUGUGGCCCUGGUCGAGUUCUGUUACAAGUCCAGAACCGAGUCCAGGCGAAUGAAGCAGUCGAUCAGCGAUGCCCUGCGGAGCUCCACCCUGAGCAGGGCCAGUGGGAACGGCAGCGGGGGUGAGAACGGGCGCGUGGUGACGCACGACUUCCCCAAAACCGUGCAGACCCUUCCCUGCAUGAGCCACGCUGCGGGACUGGGGCUCAGCACCUCUGGCAUGUGAGGGGACACCGGGGGGGUGGGGGGGGGGGGGCGGGGGGCAGCGUGAGGGGGGCAGGGUGGGGGGGCUGAGGAACUACCCCAAUCUGCCCCCCCCCUCACCCACUUCAGACAAACUGCCAAAAGGACUGACGGAUUCCUCCCAGGGAACUUCGGGGGGACUGUGGGGGGUGGGGGGUGGGGGGAUUUUAUUUUAUUUUUUAAGAAAUAUUGUUUGUUAAAAAAAGAAAAUCACGUGCUGCAAUAACUAAGCCGCCUGGACUUUUUUUAAAAAGUGUAAAUUUAUGUGAUUUAAAAAAAAGAAAGAAAAUUAGCAACAAAAAGAAACAAAAAAAAAAUUUGACACUGCGCUGUGCUGGAGUUAUAGCUCGAUUCCUUUAGUGUCUUUGUGCAAUAUUUCAGUUCAGAGUUCAGCCUUUCCCUCACUUUUAUUCAAUGACCCAAUCACAGAAAAGUGAUUUCUUUUGCACAUAAUAAUAAUAAUAAUAUUAAUAAUAAUAAUGAUAAUAAUAAUGAUGUGUUCUCUCCUGUUCUGAAGUCCAAUACAGAGAAUGUAAGUGCCGUUCUCUGUGUUUGGAAACCCUCUUUAUUAAUGUGUAAUGUUGGGUUGGCACAGUGCUCUGGACAGGAAAUCCUCACCUGUUUCAGCCACUGUAAAUACACAGAAGCCGCAGAACUUCCUGUGGGGCUGCAGGUGCUGAGCGGAUAUUGAGCCUGUAUCGAGGAGCAGGCUGGGGAGGCGGUCAGUGGGUCCUCCUUCCUGGAGGCUGGACUCUCUUCCCACAGAUAAAUCCAGUUUCUGCAUAUUUGUGUUUUAUAGACAUUAUAACUGUGUGUUGCUGCUACAUCUCCUGUGACCCGUUAUACCUCAUUAUCCUGUAAUGAACCAUUUCAGCCUCUUAAUCGGUCCACUGUAAAUCAGAACCAUAACGUUCAGUCACACCCCAACGUUCAGUACACAACCACAACGUUCAGUACACAACCACAACGUUCAGUCACACCCCAACGUUCAGUACACAACCAUAACGUUCAGUACACAACCACAACGUUCAGUCACACCCCAACGUUCAGUACACAACCAUAACGUUCAGUCACACCCCAACGUUCAGUACACAACCACAACGUUCAGUACACAACCAACGUUCAGUACACAACCAUAACGUUCAGUCACAACCACAACGUUCAGUACACAACCAUAACGUUCAGUACACAACCAUAACGUUCAGUCACACCCCAACGUUCAGUACACAACCAUAACGUUCAGUCACACCCCAACGUUCAGUACACAACCACAACGUUCAGUCACAACCCAAAAUUCAGUACACAA